UCCCGGCGCGUGCUCGCGCGGCCGCUGUCGAUACAGCGGCGCCGCCGGGCCUCCGACAUCGACGCGCGCCACGAUCAGCGGACGGCAUCGAUUGCGGCGCUGCGCGGCGACCGCCGCCGGCGCGCCGCCGGUGCCGCAGCCGCCGGCAGCUGGCGGGCCGGCGCGCCGCCCGUGCUGCUCAGUGCUCUCUCGGUCGCGGCCAGUGCACGCCGCUCCAGGCGAAAUGAGGGUCGUGCCAAACAGCUGGAGGAUGCUGCUGGUGAUGUUCGCCUGGCUCGUCGGCAGAGGCCUGUGCUCAGAGGACGAGGAGCGGCUAGUGUCGGACCUGUUUUUCGGCUACAACAAGCUUAUCCGGCCAGUGGCCAAUAUGAACCGGACCGUUACCGUCCAGUUCGGACUGGCCUUCAUUCAGCUCAUCCACGUGAACGAGAAGAAUCAAAUUAUGAAGUCAAACGUAUGGUUACGGCUGAAAUGGCGAGAUUAUCAGCUGAUGUGGGACCAGUCCGACUACCGAGGAAUCCAGGUCCUUCGGCUACCGCCGGACAAAGUCUGGAAACCAGACAUAGUACUUUUUAAUAAUGCUGAUGGUAACUACGAGGUACGCUACAAGUGCAACGUGCUUGUGCACUCGAACGGCGACGUCCUGUGGAUCCCGCCGGCCAUAUACCAGAGCUCGUGCACGAUCGACGUCACGUACUUCCCGUUCGACCAGCAGACGUGUGUGAUGAAGUUCGGCAGCUGGACUUUCAACGGCGACCAGGUGUCUCUGGAGCUCUACGACCGCAAAGAGUUCGUCGACCUCUCCGACUACUGGAAGUCGGGCACCUGGGACAUCGUCGAGGUGCCCGCCUACCUCAACUACGAGAACCAGACGUCGCCCAAGGAGACGGACAUCACCUUCUGGAUCACGAUCCGGCGCAAGACGCUGUUCUACACGGUGAACUUGAUCCUGCCGACGGUGCUCAUCUCGUUCCUGUGCGUGCUGGUGUUCUAUCUACCUGCAGAGGCCGGCGAGAAGGUGACGCUCGGAAUCAGCAUCCUGCUGUCGCUGGUGGUGUUCCUGCUGCUCGUCUCCAAGAUCCUGCCGCCCACGUCGCUGGUGCUGCCACUGAUCGCCAAGUACCUGCUCUUCACCUUCGUCAUGAACACGGUGUCCAUCCUGGUGACGGUGGUCAUCAUCAACUGGAACUUCCGCGGGCCGCGCACCCACCACAUGCCCAACUGGGUGCGCGUUGUCUUCCUCCGCUACAUGCCCAUCUUCCUGUUCAUGAAGCGGCCCAAGAAGACGCGCCUGCGCUGGAUGAUGGAGGGUCCGAGCGGGGUGAGCGGUCGGCCCGGCGGCGGACCGGCGCCCUCGUUCGCCGGCCCCUGUCUCUCCACCGAGUUCGUGCCGCCCAAGAUGGACUCGAUGGAGCUGUCGGACCUGCACCACCCCAACUGCGCGGCCAGCCACGAGCCGGCGCCGACGCCGACGGCGCAGCUGCACCGCGCCGAGAGUGACGCCUCCGACUCGGUGCUGCUCACCGCCGAGGCUUACAAGGCCACCGAGGCCGUCGAGUUCAUAGCCGAGCACCUCAGAAAUGAGAACGAGUAUAUACAGAUCCGCGAAGAUUGGAAGUACGUGGCCAUGGUGAUCGACCGGUUACAGUUGUAUCUCUUCUUCGUGGUGACCACGGCCGGCACGAUUGGCAUCCUCAUGGACGCGCCGUACAUCUUCGAGUACGUCGACCAGGAAACCAUCAUAAAGACGUACCAGGGCCGGUAGGGCCUGCCGACCGAGGCCGGUCCCGUCACUGCCGGCAGGGGACGCGGCCGGCGGCGCCGCACUAGCAGAGGUCGAUAGUGUCGAGAGGGGCCUACCCCGGAGACGGGGGCGCAAACUCGGCUGUCCUGCGGCAAGACGGGACAGGGACGCACAGGGGCUGGUGUCCGCUGCCCUAUGGCAAAACGGACAUAGGACGUCCAAUGGCUGGUGCUGGAAUCUGACUGUGUCAAAACUCCGUGGUUCAGAGUGCAGCAUCGGAUGGGAAGCGGGCUAGACAAAAGACAGAGCUGGAUGAUCCCAUGAAGCCCGAACUGUGCUUACAACUGGGAUGGUGAUGAGUCGUGGCGUAUGCAUGAGAGGUUCCCCGUCUGUUGUUACGUGAGAGCAUUUAAUACCGAAUCUAUGUAAGUAAGCCCACUUGUUUUCUUGCCGUUUUGCUAAGAAACGGCUACGUUUAUCGGAAAAUUGUGUGCUCUUCGGGCAUUGAUCAAUGACCGCCUUAAGUUCACUGUAAAGGCACUCAUACAGUUAUACCAAUCGAGCAGCACACAAAUUCUUUAACAGUAAACCCUGCCAGUCUCAUGCAGCAUGGUUCUCAUAUGGCACUUGUGGCGCCUGGGUUACCUGAGUCUAUGUCGGAAUUAGACGGUUGUAGAGCUAUUAGGAGGAACUGCUCAAUGAUGCUGAUGCACGGACGGUGAGCGCCGUGGCACGGCAGCCAGCAAACGUCACGGACACGUGCUGUUCCGUGCCGUACCGUGCUGCUGUGGCGUUCCGUGCCGUGCCCUGUCACUCCGUUUUGUAUCGCAUUGUUUUGCGGGCGGGCGUUGGGUGCCGGCGGGAUGCGCCCCGUGGGUCGUAGAGGCUAGGAGCAGCGGAGCGCACGACGACGUCUGUGUCUGUGUCCGUUCAAGCAGCCACUGACGGCGGACGUAGCGCAGUCGAGUGGCUGUUCACUCCGUGCUGGCGCUGCUCGCGCUGGCUAACGGCGGUCAGUGGUGUGAAGUGCGCGCAUGCGAUCACCGCGUCUCUGCGUGUCGUGGAGCGGCUGAUAUGAUGUUUGUACCGAGAUGAGUCCCAUCCUCCUGUUCCUACAGCUCUGUCGAACUGCUCCCUAUCUGUGCGGGCGCAGCUGGUAAAGCGUCCGUCUGAACGGAAAGGGUGGAGCUUUUGUUUGGUAACGUUUGUGAAAAGCUGUGUCUUUUUAAAAACGGGGCUUAUCCAAGGUUUAUCCGUUUAAAGUUCUAAAUUGGAUGCGUUGGCAUGGAAAAGCUAAUGCCAUGUGCGCCUGUUGCGAGUAAAACGAACGUCACGCAUUGUUAUUUAGAUGAAAACGUCACUCUUAGUUCUAAAUUGAGUUUUGACGUAAGCAACCUAAGCAUUAAAAGAUAUUUAGUUUUAUUUCAAACAAUGAGUUUCAAUUAGCUCAGUUGCCCCUUUCAAAAUUUUAUGAUUGUACACAUUCCUUUGUAAAAUGUGCGUUAAGGUGUUUCGCCGCUUGAAGGAUUUGUUCGAAUGUUUAGCUCUUGUGAUCAUCUUGACACGCAUGGCCGAUGAUAAAAACUCAAAAGUAGAAUUCUCAGUGUUGACAAUUUUCUUGCUAGUUCCAAUUGCUUCGCCCCGUUAUUUGGUCCAAAAAUGUGCCAAGGCAACCUAUAGCAACUUGUCGAAAAACGUUUUGCUUUAAUUCUGUCUCUAACGAUCUCCGAUCUUCUUUCAACAUCGAUCUAAAUAGGUAUUUGACAGAAAUCUCCAAAUCUCCAUAUCUGAUGGAAUUAGAGCUAACGGAAAAGUGCAUAAGCAAUUUCAACUUAUUUUCGGUAUUUAGCUCUUUUAGGCUAGGUAUAGGGUCUACAUCAGUGUCUAAUAAAAUGCCGUUUUAAAUAUUAAAUCGCAAAUUACGAAAUUUGGCAUAGGUUUGCCAUAAGUAAGUCAGUUGCUUUUUCGACUUAUUACGUUACAAAACUUUGGUGGUAUUUUAAUUGUUUGGAUUUUGUCCUUACCGGAGGCGGCUUUUUCGUAGAUCGUCUAUGAGUUGAGAGCGAGAGAAAUUAGGAACGUUGACAACCGCACCCAAAGUGGGUGGAAAUUCAUCAGCCUUGACGGGCACGGGUUGAGACAAAACACUAUCUCAUGCAACUACUGGCUAGUUACCAGCCUAUCUGUCAAUAUCAAUAGCAUAGGCUAUCACAGUAUAGUGUGCUUUGUGACAUUUCAUUCUUCACAAGAUGCAAAUUCAAAGAGAAUCACGUGUUUACGAGGAGUUCAGAAGCAAUGCAAUGGGCCUAACUUGUUUAUUGUUUUCGGCAUCGAAGAUUUUCAUCACCUUUAUUGUGCUGUGGUUAAACAGAGAAAUGCUGUUCCAUGAUCAAUUCCAAGUAGUUUGGUCAUUCUGAGCGGAAUCGAGCCAGUUUGUCAUUGUAAAGCCAUGUCCAUCCCGCAGCGUUUUAGCUGCAGUGAUGUCACAACAGAGGGCUAGCCUGCGUGUAAACUGUUGUUACCGGUUGGUGCCAAAUGUUGUCGUUCAGACUCAGGUCUGGUUCUCUGCGGUCAGCCUGCGCGCUGACCACCUACCCUAGUGAGCAGAUGCGUGUAGCGGUUAGCCUCGUGGACGGGUCCGGCCUCCAAGCGCACGUUGCUCAAGUACCACACCUGAACACUCGCCUGAACCGGGCGUCGGUCUGUCGCCCCGUGUCGACUGUCCUGUCGGCAGUCGGCGGCCGCACCGCCGCCCGCUGCUUCAGCCUCUGUUGCCGCUCGGACCGACUAUACAUGCACCGUAAACAUGUGAAUGCUGUGUUUAUCGUUGAUCUGAUAUUGUUGCGGUGGUUGAGUUAGCUGUUUUUGUUUAUUCUUUGUUCUGCUUAGCAAUAAAUGAUAGAAAAUGAUUCGUGUAAGGUGCUGUGA